CGGCCCGGGGGCCGGUUGGUCCGCCGGCCGGGGUGGGACCGCGUGCCCCACGGGCCCGGUCGGGGUCGGCGGCUCCCGAGCGGCGCCGGAGGGAAGAGCCGCGAGCGGAGCGCCAGCGCGGCGGCCCGGGGAGUCCCGCCGACCCAUGAGCUCGCCGCCGCCCGCCCGCCGGGGCUUUUACCGCCAGGAGGUGACCAAGACGGCCUGGGAGGUGCGCGUCGUGUACCAGGACCUGCAGCCCGUGGGCUCGGGCGCCUAUGGCGCAGUGUGCUCGGCCGUGGACAGCCGCACAGGCGCCAAGGUGGCCAUCAAGAAGCUGUACCGGCCCUUCCAGUCGGAGCUGUUCGCCAAGCGCGCCUACCGGGAGCUGCGCCUCCUGAAGCACAUGCGCCACGAGAACGUGAUUGGGCUGCUGGAUGUGUUCACUCCAGACGAGACCCUGGAUGACUUCACCGACUUUUACCUGGUCAUGCCAUUCAUGGGCACCGACCUGGGCAAGCUCAUGAAGCUCGAGAAGCUGAGCGAGGACCGGAUCCAGUUCCUCGUCUACCAGAUGCUGAAAGGGCUGAAGUACAUCCACGCUGCUGGCGUCAUUCACAGGGACCUGAAGCCCGGCAACUUGGCGGUGAACGAGGACUGUGAGCUGAAGAUCCUGGACUUUGGCCUGGCCAGGCAGGCCGACAGCGAGAUGACCGGGUACGUGGUGACCCGGUGGUACCGGGCACCUGAAGUCAUUUUGAACUGGAUGCACUAUACACAGACAGUGGACAUCUGGUCUGCGGGCUGCAUCAUGGCCGAGAUGAUCACGGGGAAGACGCUGUUCAAGGGCAACGACCACCUGGACCAGCUGAAGGAGAUCUUGAAGGUGACAGGGACGCCCCCGGAUGACUUUGUGCAGAGGCUGCAGAGUGCUGAUGCGAAGGACUACAUGAAGGGCCUCCCUGAGCUGGAGAAGAAGGAUUUUGCCUCCAUCCUGACCAACGCGAGCCCCCUGGCCGUGAACCUCCUGGAGAAGAUGCUCGUGCUGGACGCGGAGCGGCGGGUGACGGCGGCCGAGGCCCUGACGCACCCCUACUUCGAGUCACUGCACGACACGGAGGAUGAGCCCAAGGCCCAGAAGUACGACGAGUCCUUUGAUGACGUGGACCGCACGCUGGACGAGUGGAAGCGUGACACGUAUAAAGAGGUGCUCAGCUUCAAGCCUCCCCGGCAGCUGGGGGCCAAGGCCUCCAAGGAGACGGCCCUGUGAACGCUGGGCCCUGAGGGUGGUGGGGACGCCGUGGGGCCCCUGGGGGGGCUUCCGCCUGCACGGGGGUCCUGCGGCCUCGGCUGCUGCUCGCGCCCCAGGAGACUGCUCAUUCCCAGCCCGUGGCCCUGCUGUCUGCCCCACCUCAGCCUCGCCUUGGAGCAGCAUUUGGGCUUCCUGGACAGGAGGCCCCCUGACCUGGGGCUGGCCUCUGCGCCCCUGGGCAGCGGCGCCCGCAGUGGGCGGCAGCAGGGGGCCUCAGAGCCUGCAGGGCAGGGCGGGGCUUGGGAUGGAGGCCCGGCUUCGGGCCCUGCCUGCCGGCCCUUCCUGAGGCCCAGCGCACAAGGCUGAGGAGGCGGGACAGGGAGGGCGCAGGCGCUGACUCAGGGUCGCCUCUCCCAGGGGCGCUGGUGUGGACUCUCUUGCUCGCCCAGCCCGGGGUGGAAACUGUCCUUAUGGUGCGCCCACACGGCUGGGAGGAAAUAAACCCUUUUGUAGAGCUUCCA